AUGACGAUAAGGCAAGAGAUGGCCGAUAGAGUGAAUGCGAAUGAGGACGAUGAAGCACGCCGAAAUGAAAUAAAAGCUAUGGUUGUGGAAGAAGUAAUGAAAGCAGUUGAGGCUAGUAUUCCCCGACUAGCUCAAGAAGUCGAAGGGCAAGUACUGGAAAUAAUUAAUACCUCGGUAACUUCCAAGGUGGAAGAAUUGAAAGAAAUGAUUAGCGAAUUGCAAGUGAAGAAAAGCUAUCGGCGAUGCACGUACAAGGAGUUCAUGGCAUGCAACCCCUUACCAUACAAAGGGGAAGUUGAUCCGAUAGCUUGUCAAAGGUGGAUUUCCAGUACCGAGGCAGUGUUUACACGAAGUAGAUGUGAAGCGGAGGAUCAAGUAAUGUUUGCCACGGGCCUUCUACAACUUCGAGCAAAAGAUUGGUGGGACGUAUACUCGAAGGAAUUGGGGGAUGAUAAGGUACAAUCGUUAACAUGGCAAGAAUUCAAGGAGUCAUUUCUGAAAUAUUAUAGUCCACAAUCCGCAAUUGAUAAGAUUCAGGAAGACUUCUUACGUCUCCGGCAAAAGGAUGAAACGAUUGAUGAGAUAACAAACAAGUUCCUUGAGAGGGUGAAGUUCUGUGAGGAGAUAGCGGGGACUGAGAGGCAAAGGAUUGUACGUUACCAUGCUAUGUUAAAGGCUGAAUAUCGGGAAUUUGUAAACCCCUCUAAGUGCGCGACGUUAAAUGAACUAAUUGAAUGGGCAAGAGACAGAGAAAUUGAGAUAAAAAGGCAGGUUGAACGGGGAGAGAAAAGGGCAGUGGAGAAGCCUACCAACGCAAACCCUUCGAAAAAGGCAAGAUAUCAAGACCAAAGCAAGAAAGGGAAAGCAAGUGGUGAAAUCCCGACUUGCAAGACGUGUGGGAAACAUCAUUCGGGUGAAUGUUUGUCGGGAAAGAAGGGGUGCUACAAAUGUGGGCGGGAAGGACAUCCGUUUUAUAGGUGCUCCGAAAACUCAAAGGCGUGUUACAAUUGCAAUGAACCGGGGCACAUUAAAGCGGAAUGUCCGAAACUCCAACAAGGGGCAAAGAGAGAUGGAAAGAAGGACGAGCCCCCCAAGGCUCGCGGAAGGAUGUUCAGCUAA